CUGCAACAAACUUCUGGGCUCCAGCAAUCCUCCUGCCUCAGCCUACAAAGUAACUGGGAAGACAGAAUCUGAAGGUUUUAACGGGCCAAUGAGUAUUCUCAUCAUUGAGGCAUUCUAUGGAGGCUCCCAUAAACAGCUGGCGGAUCUGCUCCAAGAGGAGUUGGAAGACUGUGUCCUUUAUACCCUUCCUGCAAAGAAAUGGCAUUGGAGAGCACGAACUUCAGCUUUAUAUUUCUCUCAGAACAUUCCCAUCAGUGAGCAUUAUAGGAUCCUCUUUGCAAGCUCAGUGCUUAACCUGACCGAACUGGCUGCCCUUCGGCCUGACCUUGGGAAAUUGAAAAAGAUUCUGUACUUCCACGAGAACCAAUUGGUAUAUCCUGUCAAGAAAUGUCAGGAGAGGGAUUUCCAAUAUGGAUACAAUCAAAUUCUGUCCUGCCUGGUGGCUGAUGUGGUGGUAUUCAACUCCAGUUUUAAUAUGGAGUCAUUUCUCACUUCCAUUGGGAAGUUUAUGAAGCUGAUUCCUGAUCACAGACCUAAGGAUCUGGAAAGCAUCAUCAGACCCAAGUGCCAAGUUAUUUACUUUCCUGUCAGGUUUCCUGAUGUGAGCAGAUUCAUGCCCAAGCACAAAACCACACAUUUAAAGAGGAUGCUCAGCCUUAAAGGAAGUGGUGGCGCUGCUUUAUCCAUGGACCUUCCUUUUCAACCAGCCCAGAAAGAUUCCGGGAGUUUAUUGAAAAAUUUUAAUUCAGAGUACGAUGCACACUCUAGCCUUAAUACUGCACAACAAGGCAAUCCGGGUGAUUCAUUAAUGCGGGAGUCAGACUUGGAAAAGUUCAACUCAUCAGAUAAUUCAACUCUUCAUGGGGAAAAUAAACAAAAUCUGACUCUCAAUCACGGUGCCAUUUUGGGUGGACCUGAUGAUCAGCAAAGACCAUUACACAUUGUCUGGCCUCACAGGUGGGAGCAUGAUAAAGAUCCAGAAAGUUUUUUUAAGGUAUUAAUGCAUCUUAAGGACUUAGAGCUCAAUUUUCACGUCUCUGUCCUUGGAGAAACCUUCACUGAUGUCCCAGAUAUAUUUUCAGAGGCCAAAAAGGCAUUGGGAUCUUCUGUCUUACACUGGGGCUACUUACCCAGCAAAGAUGACUAUUUCCAAGUACUGUGUAUGGCUGAUGUUGUCAUCUCAACAGCUAAGCAUGAAUUCUUUGGAGUGGCAAUGUUGGAAGCUGUGUACUGUGGUUGUUACCCACUUUGUCCCAAAGAUUUGGUUUAUCCUGAAAUAUUUCCAGCUGAAUAUCUGUAUUCUACACCUGAACAGCUUUCAAAAAGGCUCCAGAAUUUCUGCAAGAGACCAGACAUUAUAAGAAAACAUCUCUAUAAGGGUGAAAUGGCUCCAUUUUCUUGGGCAGCCCUACAUGGUAAAUUCAGGUCUCUGUUAACAACAGAACCUAGGGAAGAUUUGUGACAGAUGGGGCUAAGUCACAAACUUGCAGCCUAAGGCAGAAUCUGAAGAACUUUCCAGAGUGUGCCCAUAUUUACCUGAUCAGAGAGAAAAGAAAAUCUGCAGAGGAAGCUGAGCCUGGCUGCUUGUCAUAGCUGACACAGAGCCAUCUGCCACAAACCUGUGGCGGCUUCAGAUCUCCAAUCCCUGCCACCACCCCAACUCAAAUUAAAUACAGAUUCCUAGAGACGUUAUGAUGGUUACACAUGUCCUCGGCAUCACAUGUAGGAGACUGUUCAAAAAAAAUAUGUGGCCUGUUGUAUAACCGCACUCAUGUAUCCCAUAUGUGGUGCCACAUUGAAUUUCCGGUUGAAUCCGUUUUUAUCCUUUGUACUGGAUGACAUGGUGCCUGAAUUCUUUCUUUUCGCCGACACGAUGGCAGCCAAACUGCAGCUUCAAACGCUCACACUUGGCUGGGUUUCUACCUAGGUUGCCAGGUUAUCAUCGGAGCCUUCUUGUGUCCUCAGAGGGCCACAGGGCCUGAAAGGAGGAUCAGAGUGCUCCCAGACUAAUUGGGCAGCCAUCUCGGAAUUGUUUGUGGGCAAAGGGCUGCUUUAGCACUUUUCUUUUAGUAAAUUAAUGACUCUCAGGCACAGGGGUUUUUAAGUGAAGGUAUUAAUAAGAGGUCUGGCAGGUAUUCCCAUGAUUCUCAGAGUUACAUUUGCAUUUAAUUAAUCUUAAAGAAAGUUGCAAGAUAAACAGCUGUAAUUCGGACAAACAUGGCAAAUAUAGUAAAAUGGGGCCAUCUCACCCAUAAAGUGAACUCUGAGAUACUUGUCUUAUUUUUUUUCCGGGAGUAAAAAUACUUUUAACAAAACCAGUAAUUGUUGUAUAAAUAUUGCUCAAAAAUAUUUGCAUCCAGCUACAAAUGUAAUCUUUUCGAGAUCAAUCACUUAUGAUUCCAAUAGUCAAGCUGCUGUAUUUGUUGAUAUAAAGAUGUUUUGAAUGGCUAGAUUGUAAAAUAAAUUUUUAAUAAAGUGCCCACUGCAAUUUUUAA